AUGGACAUCGCAUGUCGGCAGCUCAUUGCAAAGAGCACAAGCAUGCCGAUGAGGUCGACGUGGGUAUUUUGCGCUAAGCACAAGCCCAUAGACUUUCAUGACUUGAACUCUAAGCGAUGCAAAUUUCCUUUGGGUUGUGAUAGGUUGGCAAACUACGGCAAUCCAGCAGAAGGCUUAGCUAGGUUUUGUGCGUCUCAUCGCUCAUGGGGCGAUGUGCACUUGAAGGUUUGCCGUAAGGUCAGAAGCAAGAAGGAGUGA